CGUGCAGCAUUUGAUGCGAUUUGACGCCGCUAAAAAAGGGAAAGCCAGAUAAAUGUUGAAAGGCACUUUACUACAAAAUUACGUCUAUUGUGUAGGAGACUUUUGUGGCAAGACCAUCGUAAUUUGCUGGAUGGUUUCUAAACGAGUUCCCGCUGAUGCUCACUUGGGAGAGCGAGAGGGGCAGACAUUAAUACUUGAGGAGAAUUAUCAUAGAGAAACGGCAAGAGGAAAUUUGUGAUUCUAUAUUUCCAACGCACUUUGGAUGAAACAAUUUCUGCUGUGCUGUCGCAUUCCAGAAGGUGCAUAUCCUUGGGAUAUAGCCAGGCGGACCGCUGCCCGUGUGUGACUAGCUAACAAAGGUGGAGAAGGAGAAAAGGGCUUUACUUGAUUCGUGAUAUGCACCACAUGUUGUGUCAAUAUUCGUUGAUUACACGGGAGAAUCUGUGGCGACGAGAUUAUGCGAAAAGUGCAAGAGCAAAUGUUGUCAUCCUAGCCCUUUUUUUCUGCUCGCCACUAAUAACAUUAUCACACACUCUUCAGUAUUGUGAGUGGUGCCGCAUGUGGACUGACUGACUUGCCGUAUGUUUACGCUCUAAUGAGAACAAGUACCGGAUUAUUAAUAAAGCAUAGCAGGUUCUCUUUACGCUGUUCUGAUGGAUUAAUAAUAACUUCUGGUUGCUAAAAGCUAACACAAUAUUCGCUUAUCGUUCGCUCUGUUGAUACUCUUCUCUUGCGAAUGUGUUUUGGGGACAAAAGCGACUUGGACGGAGGGUUUUAGCUCGGAUCAAAGGUCUACACGUGUUAGCAUUGUGUCCUCCUUUACCCCAAGCUCCAUAAGCCUAGCAUCGAUUAGCCUUCCCUUCAACAUCUGUGCUUUGGAAAACCCAACCCCUUAUCCACAUCUCCUAGGCCUAGAUGAUCAAGAAUAUAAACCUUGUGAUUGGAUUUGUAAAUUGAUUUUACCGUGUGCUUUACGGCGAUUUAGACGAGUCUACCGUGGAUCUUAUUGGUGUGAAAUGUGUGAUUGGAGAGCUCAAUAGCCCGAAAGGCGCCGUGAUUACCAGGGGAUUGCGAGCGGGAGCCCGACUUCACUCAGCGGAGGACUAGCCGUAUGGAACCCCAGUAGGAUUACCAACGGAAUAUAGUUUUUGUGCACGAGUUCACCCCCAUAUCUUCUUGUAUCACCUGUCUUUUCCGACUGAGCAUGGCCUAAAUCCAACAGCAAUGUGCAGUUAAUUACGUUAUGUAGCCUUCAUGAGCCGCGCCUCUUCGCCGCAGCUGAAACCAUACGGAGCGAAGAAAAACACUGAAGAAGGGAGGGAAUUGUGCUCAGGGGUAACUUUUUCCUUCUCUCUCUCUCGAGCUCUCAGCCAGAUCUACCUCUCCAUAAAAAAAACUUCAGGGAUUCAACUUUCAUGUGUCUUUGUAUUCAAAGGAUGCGUGUAGUGAACUCGGUUUACGCCGACGACGUUAGAUAUCCAUAAAACGGAGCGAAUUUUGUUACCAAGUUUAUUCAUCACCAGUGUGAGUUCACUUUUUUUAAGUGGAAGGUUUACAUUAGCUUCUGAUUUGUGAUCCUGUCAUAAGAUAAACAUCUUUCGCCAUCAUGUGGAGAACAGAGAUUAAAAACAUACAAUGUGCAUCAGGAGGUCACAUUAAAGGUCACAGACAUUGUUUCAAUCAACAUCCGAAAUGUUGGAGGAAGACCAUGAGCUAUGGAGGCACGUUAUUACACACAUGUGUUGUGAUGUUGAUGGCGAUGGUUUUAGUACCAACCGGUGGUUUAUCUCAACCAAUACCAGAUGUAGACUUUGAUGAGUUCGACCCUCAAACUGCGCAGUGCGAACCGAUUACCAUCAAACUAUGUAAAGGAGUGGGUUACAACAUGACGCGGAUGCCUAAUCUUGUGGGUCACGAACUUCAACAAGAUGCCGAACUUCAACUUCAAACUUUUACCCCUCUAAUCCAGUAUGGUUGUUCUCCGUACCUUCGUUUCUUCCUCUGUUCCGUCUACGCACCGUACUGUACGGAUAAAAUUGAUGUUCCGAUUAGUGUUUGUCGACCGCUGUGUGAACGCGUCCGAGCCAGUUGCAAUCCUGUACUGAGCAAGUUUGGAUUCAAGUGGGCAGAAGCUUUGAAUUGUUCACAGUUUCUUGAGCGAAGUGACGGAAAUGAUAUUUGUAUGGGACCACCACCAGGUGAAGGGGACACGAACGGCAUAAGUAACCCCGACGGCGACGUCGUAACCGCGAUCGUACCGCAGGAGCCAGGCGAACCGGACUGUCAACACCACCGCGAACCUCUGAAAUGGCAUUACGUGAAGCGUUACGAAAAAUGUGCGUUGCGUUGUGACGCAGACUUUCUGUUCAGCCAGAGCGAGAAAAAGUUUACCGAAAUAUGGAUGGCCAUUUGGGCUGGAUUGUGUUUCUUGACCACCACGAUGACAGUGCUGACAUUCGCCAUAGACACAGUACGUUUCAGGUACCCAGAGCGACCUAUCAUAUUUCUAUCCAUUUGCUAUAAUGUAUUCAGUAUCGCGUACAUCGUCCGGUUAAUCGCCGGUCGUUCGGUCAUCGCCUGUGAUGAUGACGGUGUGGCCGAAUUCUUAAUCCAGGAGGGCUUGGAGAACACCGGAUGCGCCGUGACGUUCCUCAUCUUGUACUUCUUCGGUAUGGCAAGCUCUAUCUGGUGGGUCAUCCUAGCCUUCACCUGGUUCCUCGCUGCGGGACUAAAGUGGGGUCACGAGGCCAUCCAAAUGAACAGCAGUUACUUCCAUGUCGCAGCAUGGGGAAUCCCCUUCGUCAAAACCGUCAUCAUCCUCGUCAUGCGCGUCGUCGAUGCCGACGAACUCACGGGAAUGUGUUUCGUGGGUAAUUCAAGUCUGGAGGCACUCACCGGGUUCGUCAUCGCGCCGUUGUUCACAUACCUCGCCGUUGGGACCCUCUUCCUCCUCGGGGGAUUCAUUUCGUUGUUCAAGAUUCGAUCCGUCAUGAAAAACGACGGCACCAAGACUGAUAAGUUAGAGCGACUCAUGGUCAAAAUAGGACUCUUCUCUGUACUCUAUACCGUUCCUGCAACGAUCGUGGUAGCGUGUUUCUUUUAUGAGCAUUCGAACAGGAUUGUUUGGAUGGAUGGUGAAGCUUCACCUAACAUUGAGGUGUUCAUGCUUAAGUUAUUCAUGUCGCUCGUAGUUGGUAUAACAAGCGGGAUGUGGAUUAUGUCGGCGAAGACGAUGCGAUCGUGGAGGCGAUUUCUGGAAAGAAUGGCCCCUGCUUUAGUGUGUUGUGCGCCAUUGGGCGACGAAAAGAACGGACGUCAUAGAAACGGCGACGAAACGGCGGUAUAAUCCAAGGCCAUUAAGAUGGUCGUGGCGAUUUCGAACACAAGUCAAAUGAUGUUUUUUUUAUAUUAUUAAUCAUAUAUAACUGAAAAUAGUAUACAUUCAAUGCCAUGUACAUGUAUAACACUAUCACCUGUACAUGUAACUGACAAAUCUGCGACAAAAUCUGAAGAGAAAUCUAUGAACGCUGAAAACGUUACAGGUACAAUUGACGUGAUGUAUGGUAUUAUCAUUAUGUAUUUUGAAAACUUCUUUAUUCAAGCAACUCCAAAGAUGUAAAGUGAAGUACAGUACGCACAUCGAAUUCCCACUUCACGUUUUUUAAAUAUUAUCGGGAAAGGACCGUGCUGGUUGUUACAGUACAUGUAUCUUUUAUUAUGACUGAAUUUUUCAUGUGUUUUCUAUGUUUCAUUGUUAUCUGUAUUUUGCCCAUCUUCGUCUUAUUAGAAUGUAUGAAGACGGCAAAACCUUGCUUCCAAACUUGAUAGCCACCAAUGAAUGUUGGCAGCCUGCAUGUAUAACAAAGGCGAAGUGUAUUGAUAUGGUAUACAUGUUUAUAGAAAUAUUCUGUCAGAGCUUAUCUAUAGUUGUGUAUCUGCGUUAUGUUUCAUGAAACAGGUAAAUACUACCAGUACAUGUGUCGAAUUAACAAUGUACAUUUCUAAGAUGAGAUAUUUAGAAAGCGAAUUGAAUUAUGUCUUCCUAUCAAAAUAGUUAUUGAUUCUAUUGUCAGAUACUAAAAAUAUAAGUAAUUUCGUAUUCAUCCCAAAAGAGGCGAACAGAUACUGUCAUAAUUUAAGUCCCACGUAUAUUUCAGAAAAGUGUUCUCUGAUGUCUGACCAAGGAGAUGUAUCUCCUUGGUCUGACCCGAAAUGAGAGUGUUUAUUCUACUCUUGAAAGUUCGAGAGAAGUUGCGAUUUUUUAUGACAACAAUCAGAAUACGAUGACGGUUGAUUGUCCUGGUGUAACAAAAGUAAAUUUAAAGCGAUUUUACGAGCUGUGAAUUGGUGCUAUUUUGACGAUCGAACGCUUUUAGAAAGUGUUUCCUUUGGGGAAAUUUGAUGACGAAAACAUGAAGGCCAAGACGGCUGCCUCGUUAGUCUCUGAAUUCAGACCUGGCUAAUGCCUGACAAGUUGGCGUGAUAUUCCACUGCAGCUUUUGCUCUAGUUAUGUCAGGGUAAAAUAACGUUUUAGCUGUGAAAUCAUACACUGUAAAAACGCUAUUUAACUUUUAAGCAUGCUGUUUAAGGCGUCCCUCUUAGAACUAUUGUUUAAACUUUUUAAAAAGUGUUUUAAACUUUUAAACAACUGUUUAAACUUAAAAAAUUAAAGAAUUUAUUGUUUAAGUGCACAGGUUUAAACAAUGUGCUAUAUUUUUUACUGUGUAAUGGAAGUAUCUUCACAAUAUUGUUAAAAGGGCAUGUAAAACGUAAAAUCGAUUAAUCAUUAUGAAAUGAAAAUGAUUUGAGAAAGAAAAAUGAACUGAAAAUGAGAGUCCAUAUUUGAUUCAAUAGGUUCGAAACAGAAAUCGCAAAGAUAUUCCUACUCACUUUCAGCUAUAAUAUAUGGGGGAAUGAAGCAAAUACUAUAUACCCCUUUUGAAUUUCCAUGUGUAUUCCUACAAAAACAAUCUGUCAUUUUUAUGACUGUCUGAUCUUCGUUUAUUCUUAGCUCAUAAGGCUGCCGGUAGUUAAUUACACACAGCGGAUCCAUGCUCAAUGACAAGGAGUUAUUAAUUGAUCAAUUUUUUUCUUCUAAAUUCUACGUUUUUCGUCGGAUCGGAGUUAUUUAUUAAUGAGCGCAGUGUUUCAAUGGCAAAUGUCUGUUGAGUAGAUGCAUGUCAUGCAUGUGUAUAAGACCAUUUCAUACACAUGUGAGCGAAGGGUGGGUUGUCUAUUUAAAUUCUUCCAUGAACUUUGGACAUUUCAAUCAUCAUUCCCCCCCCCCCCCCGGAUUCGCCAGUGCCCUCUUCAAUCAUCUUAACGUAUUAUGACGUCAUGAGCCGUGUAGUAAACACCAGAAACGUGUUAAUCAUUGUUUAUAUCUCAAUUAAAACGGAUCUACCACGCAGCCUGAAAUUCACAGGCCGACAAAUUAAUGAAUUUGAUAAUACAUGUGUCAUGGGCCUUCUGAUAUUUGACAAAGUUGUACGCAUAAUGAACUGAAUAUGCAAUAAGUGUUCUGCUUAUGUCACGUCCAAUCUCCUUACUAUGUUAUCAUGUUGAAACAACGAUUAUUUUUUGCUGCGCCAAUAUCAUUCUAAAACAAACUUAUUUCACAUUAAUUUUGAACUUCGUUGUUAGAUCAUUGCUGUUCAGUGUAACUUGCUUUGUUACCGGGAGAUUUUUUAUCAUCCGUAAGGAUUUAAGGGAUUAACAGAAUUGAAUAAUCCUUGAUUCCAAAUUACAAGUAACCU